UUUUCCCUUCCUAUAUUUUAAGCUUAUCUUUCUCGUUACUUGUUACUCACAAAGCCAUUUUAUUUUCUUCACAAAACAACCUAAAAUAUAAUAAGUUAAGAUUCCAGGAAACUACAAAAUUUAUAAACAAAAACUUUGAUAAUUCUUUAUCGUGUCUCCUCGUGGAAAAUGCCACUGUUGAAAUUACCAACUCGGGUCAAAAGCCUUAUGCAAGUAAACAUAUUAUUUUUUUAAACAACACAUAUAAAUUGCUCGCAUGGACGAUAACCAUAUUAGUGCAUUUGAUUUUGAUGUAAAAAUGAGUACUUCUCGGUUGGAAAAUGGAAAUAAAUUUGGUAUCGCGCGAGGAAUAACAUCACACCAUCCACAAGGUACCUUUGAAUACCUAAACCGUGAAAAAUACGAAUUUGGCGAUUAUGGUUAUGGAAAAGAUCAUGUUAAAUUGUUACACGUGGAAAGAUGUGGGGCGAAACAUACAAUAAGGGAAUAUGAAGUUGAUGUUCACUUAAAAUUGAGUACUCAUUCGGAUUAUUUGGAGGGAGUUAAUAAGAAUAUAAUCGCUACAGAUUCGCAGAAGAAUACGGUGUAUAUUUUGGCAAAGAAAAGCGGUAUUAAAACUCCCGAAGAGUUUGGUUUGAAUUUGUGUGGACAUUUUUUGUAUACUUAUAAACAUGUUAGUGAAGUUGAAAUCGUUAUUGAAGAGUAUCCAUGGGAAAGAUUGAAAGUUGAUGAUCAAAAUCAUCAACAUGCUUUUGUAUUUUCACAAACAUCUACGAGAUUUGCUCAUAUAUCACAAAGAAGAAAUGAAUCACCUAUAAUUAGAGCUGGCCUUAAAGGACUUCGCGUACUGAAAACAACACAAUCAGCUUUCACUGAUUUCAUUCAAGAUGGUUAUAGAACAUUACCGGACGUUAAAGAUCGGAUCUUUAGCACCGUUGCUUUCGCCACGUGGGAAUACUCAACAGCAAACGGCGUCGAUUUCGAUGAAGUUUGGCACGAAGUUAGGGAUUGUAUUCUAGGACAAUUUGCCGGACAUCCUGAAACUGGAAUUUUUUCACCUUCCGUACAAAACACUUUGUAUUUAACAGAAAAAAUGAUUUUGGAUAAAGUUCCACAGAUAAGUAGAAUUUAUAUGAGUAUGCCCAACAAACAUUAUUUUGAAGUAGAUAUGUCCAUAUUUCCAAGUCACGUUAUAGAAACGAAUGAUAAUAAAGAAGUUUAUUUUCCAGUUGAUAAACCGUCAGGAAUAAUUUACGCCGAACUUUUAAGAAAAGACGUUUUAUCAAAGUUAUAAACUGUGAUAAACUCAUUCUUGUUAAGAAUAAAUCGUAAUAAAACCGAUUAUUACUAA